UAUCCGCGAUCUUUCACCCUCCUCUUCGAUUUCUCAAAGGUACAAUAAAAGAGCCACCUUCGAGUAAAACCUUUCUCCUCUGCUUCCCUCUUUCCUGAAACCCUAAUUCCCAAAAAAAUUAAAAAAAUCGGAAAAAAAUGCCGCCAAGGAAGAAAAUCGUCAAGAAAGCCCCCGCUCGAAAAACUAGAGCCAAAGCCCAAGCCCCACCUUCCCCCGAACCCGAACCCGAGUCCGAAACCGAACCCGUUAAAGAAAGCCUCACCGCCGGCAGCCACCCAACACCGAAACCCAGUCGGCCCGCUACUGAAUCGGCUGCUGAAGCCGCAGAAUCGAUCGCAACGAAACCCUAGAGCCCAACCAGACGCUGCCGCUGAAACCAUAGAGAAAGAACCGCAGCCCGAAGGCGCGGAAAGAAACGAAAGAUUCCAACUUGAUCCCACUGAAACCCUAGAGCCCCAGCCAGACGCUGCCACCGCCUGCGACUCAAACCCUAGAGAAAGAACCAGAGCCCGCUGCGGUUGAAGAAACCCUAGAUGCAGAACUGGUAGCCACUGAACCUCCGAGGAGCCGCUGGCCGCGAAGAAGCCAAAGACUGUUACACGAGUGAGGAAAGUAGUCAAGAAGAAGAUCGUUAAGAAAUUAGUACCCAAAUCAGCUGCGGGGACGAAAGAGGAAUCGCCUAAGGCAGUUGAGGAAGUUCAGAAAGUCGAAGAAGAAGCAACGGUAGCAACGAAUCCUAACGAGGACCAGCAGUUGGUCGAAGUCCCUAGCUCUGAAGAUGCUGCAGUUCCAAUGGAGGCUGCUGAAGAAAUUAAGAAAGAAGAAGAAGAAGAAGAAGAAGCAGUGAAGGCAACAUACCCUAAGGAGGAGCAGCAAGAUGUAGAAAACCCUAACAAUGAAGACGCUUCAGUUCCAAUGGAGACUGUGCAGGAAACAGCGACUGCUGAUUCUGAGAAAGUUGAGGAUGUUACAAAAGAAGAGGAGGGGGGUGAUUUGGAGAUGGAAGUGGCUGGAAACAUGGAGGCUGGAAGCUCAGAGAGUAAGAGCAGGAAGAAAACCGAGAUUUUUAUUGGAGGAUUGGAUAGAGAUGCAAAGGAGGAGGAUUUGAGAAAGGUUUUCGGGGAGGUCGGGGAGAUUGUUGAGGUCAGGAUGAUAAUGGAUGGGCAGAGUGGGAAGAAUAAAGGGUAUGCCUUUGUGAGGUAUGCUGAUGCCAGCCAGGCCAAGAAAGCAGUUGCCCAAUUCGAAAAAGUCGAGGUGUGUGGAAAACUUUGUGGUGCUUCAGCUCUUAAGGGGAAUGACACAAUUUUUCUUGGGAAUAUUGACAAGAAAUGGAAGAAAGACGAUAUUGUCAAGUUUCUACAGGAAAUUGGAAUAGAGAAGAUUGAAGCUGUUACCGUCAUGCCUGAUUCUAGCAAUGCAGACUCCAACCGUGGGUUUGCAUUGGUUGAACUUGAAACUAACAAAGAUGCAGUAAAUGCUUAUAAGAAACUUCAGAAGAAGGAUGCUUUUGGUAAGGGCCGGAGUAUUAAAGUUGAUUGGGCUGAACCAUUGGAUGAUCCAGAUGAAGAAGAGAUGAAGAAGGUAAAAUCAGUUUAUGCUGAAGGUAUACCAGAUUCUUGGGAUGAAGAAAAAGUAAGAGAACCCUUUAAAAAGUUUGGGGAGAUAGAACGAAUUGUCCUUGCUCGCAAUAUUAAAUCAUCAAAGAGAAAAGAUUUCGCCUUUGUUAACUACCAAAACCGAGAGGCUGCUCUUUCAUGCAUUGAAUCGUUUGAUAAAGAGGAGUUAACUGAUAAUGGCUCAAAGGUAACUGUGAAGGUAUCACUGGCUAAACCUGGACAAAAGGGCAAACAAAGCAAGGGAGGGCCAAAUUUUAGCAAUAAAAACAGUGUCAAAGGAACGCCCAAAGCAUUUCAACGAAACUCAAAGACUGAUAUUUCUUUCCGUAAGGGGAAAUCAUCUGGAGGGGGUUACAGCAGUAGUGGUCAUGUGAGGUCUUCUACAAAUUAUGAACCCUUGCAUGCUUCAAGAGAGCAGCCACCAUGGAGACAGGGGCAAGUUGGUUAUACUGGAGGCCCUUCGAUGCAUGGAUAUAGACAUGGUGCUGAAUGGAAGCGUCCUUUCUCUUCAUUGGGAGAUGAUGCUUCAUAUUCAGAUUUUAGAGGGUAUCCUCGGCCUCGAGUGGACAGUUUUCCCUCUUCAGGACCAAGCCAUGGAGGUAUGCCUCAUGGUACAGCUGGACCACCACAUCCAUAUUACCAACGCCAGGGCGCCGGAUAUCCAGCAGGUGCUCCUUAUGGAUCUACAGAGUAUCCAGCCACUCAUCAGGUGAGGCCGGGUGCUCCUUCGCCAUAUGGGAACAGCUACUACCCCAGAUAUUGACUGUGAUGCGGAAAAUAAUUUCCUGAUAAACCCACCAUGCAGCCAACAGAGUGUUUCUUGAAGUGCCAAACUCCGCAAAAUUUGGCUAAGAAAACACGAGGUUUUUGAUGAUGGCUAUGGUUCAGGCAUCUUCAUGUAUUUUUCUAUCUCCUACCGUCAAGGCAACUUAAGCCACUGUCCCCGUCUAGGCUAAGAUGCAUAAAUUAUCACCUCAUUUGCCACAUUCGACCUCAUGUUCUGAGUUUUAUUUGACCUUUUUAACCUUAUCGAGCGCUCCAACUUUUCAAGUUGUACUUGCGUAAUACAUUUCUUGGUCUUUUUUUUUU